AUGCCUUCAUCCGACGUUCAGAAGGACCAACUCCAGUCCGUCCUUGAGAGAAAGGGCAUUCGCUUCCACGUCAAGACCGGCGGUGCCAAGUAUGAGUGUCAUCUCCAGGACCGAUCUUCCUACGAGCGCAUCAAGGCCGCCAGGGCCAACUCGUCCGCUUCUCAGGCCAGCUCCUCGUCCGCUUCUACCGUCAGCAGCAACCACUAA